AUCACUAUUUUUAUUUUAUUUUAAAAAUUAUAAACUUUUGAAAAAUAUUGUCACCCAUCAUCCUCUUCAUCUCCUUUAUUCUUCUGCCAUCACCCAAAACCUCCACCACAAUAGAAAAAACCAUAAUCCAAUUGACAAUUCCAAAUUCAAAUCAAAAAGCAAAAUUUAUAAGCAAGCAAAAGUUCCCAAAAUCACAAUCCUAAUUGAGGAAGCGCGUGAGGAGGGAUCGGAGACCAGAGCAAGUUCAAAGUUUCUUGACGGCGAUAGAAGCAAAAACAAGAUUGUCAUUACACGCGGAUGGCACAUGGAGUUUUACUCCUUUAGAUCCAACCCCUCGGCGUUGCAACGAAAUAAGAAUUUGUGCGAUUCCUCUGCUUCCUGUUUAUGGUGGAGUCAUCGUGGAGAUUGUGAGUUCCAUGUUGGACCUCUGUGUGCCGCAGGUACGGGCCCUCAUGCGCGCCCUAGCUCGUGAAGAUGAUCGUGGCGCUCCCCGACGCCAAGCACAAGACCCUCAUGCAUCUAUGUGUGUUCACUUUCGAAAAAUGGAUUUGUGUAGAGAGCGUUGUGAAUCAAUGUUUCGAAACUAAGAUUGUGUGUUAACACUGUAAGUGAUAGAACACUUGAUGAUCGGCUAUGUAAUUUUGAGAAUAAAGACUCAAACUGCUUGUUGGUAAAAAAAAAAAAGGUUUCUUUAGACAAAAGCAUAUUUUUGGGUGGUUUUCAACCGCGGAAAAUUGUUUACUUUAUUCUAGCAAAAUAAUUUAUGACUGUUUUUUACCGUCGGAAAUUUAAACGCCACUAAACGUGACGACACAUCAUCAUUCAAGUGUGCUUUUUGAUGGCAGGAAAUAAAAUCCUUGAUGAGAUAAAAGUUUAGGUAAUAAGGUUGGUUUAAAAAAAUAUGAUUAAAGAACUAAAAGUGAAAACUUAAAAAAAAAAUGAAAAAUAAAGAACAUAAUUAAUCCAUAUUUUAUUUCUUCUCGAAAACCAUAGCUUACUCUCUCUCUCACAUUAUCCAUCUUUGUUCCAGACUUAGUUUUUCUGCGAGCUUUCUCCCUUGACACUCAUACAGCCGAGGACAAUGUCAGGUGUUCCUCUCUUCAAUCUCGCUCCUAAUCUCACUGUCUCGAGGCUCUGCUUAGGAACCAUGACUUUCGGGGAGCAGAACACGCUGGCGGAGUCGUUUCAGCUUCUGGACCAAGCCUUCCAUGCCGGCAUCAACUUCUUCGACUCCGCCGAAAUGUAUCCUGUGCCUCAGCGCCCUCGCACGUGCGGCAGGAGCGAAGAGUAUCUCGGCCGUUGGAUUUCACAACGAAAAAUCCCCAGGGAUAGCCUCGUAAUUGCAUCUAAGGUUGCUGGACCUUCUGGGCAGAUGACUUGGAUUAGAGGUGGUCCUAAAUGUUUGGAUGCCGAUAAUAUUACUGAAGCCAUUGAUAAUAGUUUGUCGCGGAUGCAAAUGGAUUAUAUUGAUCUUUAUCAAAUUCAUUGGCCUGAUCGUUAUGUUCCAAUGUUUGGAGAAACUGAGUAUGACCCGGUCCAACAAUAUGCUUCAAUUAGUAUAGAUGAACAACUUGAAGCUCUCAGUGCAGCUGUGAAAGCUGGGAAGAUCAGAUUUGUUGGUCUUAGUAAUGAAACACCUUAUGGCUUGAUGAAGUUUAUUCAGGUUGCUGAAAAAUAUGCUUCACACCUGAAGAUAGUAUCAUUGCAGAAUUCAUAUAGCCUGCUGUGUAGAACUUUUGAUUCUGCAAUGGCCGAAUGCUGCCAUCAUGAGAGAAUUAGUUUGUUGGCCUACAGUCCCCUAGCAAUGGGUAUACUUUCAGGGAAAUAUUUUUCCCCAGGCGGUGGUCCAACAGAUGCUCGUUUAAAUCUUUUUAAAGGGAAGUAUUCAGAAGGAGAAUCUAGGUACAACUUGUCCAAUAAAAUUAUAAAGGCAGCUACCGUGAAAUACCUUAAUAUUGCAAAAACACAUGGUCUUCAUCCUGUAUCUCUGGCUAUAGCUUUUGUUUUGCGACACCCCCUUGUUGCUAGUGCUGUUUUUGGGGCCACCAAAUCAUGGCAGCUUCGGGAGGUUCUAAAUGCAUGCAAGAUUGAGCUCACAUUUGAAGUAAUUGAAGAAAUUAACAAGAUUCAUUCAAGGUUUCCAAAUCCAUGUCCCUGAAGAAUGCAAAUUAUUAAUUAAUAAUUAUGAUGAAUAUGUUUGAAAAUUAGGUGAAAAAUUACUUUUGAAGAAAAAAAUUACUUUUUAAAAGGAUUAGGAUUUUUCAUUUUGUUUUUAUUCAUUAGAUCUGUAUUAAAAUGUGUGGAACAAUAAUUUCAACCA